AUGACCCAAGGAAAUGCCACCGAGGUGACUGAAUUCUAUCUGCUGGGAUUUGGUGGCCAGCAGCAGUACCAGUCUGCCCUCUUCAUUGCUUUUCUUGUGAUCUACAUGACGUCCAUGGUGGGUAACACUGGGAUGAUCCUGCUCAUCAACACAGAUUCCAGACUCCAAACACCCAUGUACUUCUUCUUGCAACAUCUGGCUUUUGUGGACAUCUGCUACACAUCUGCUAUCACUCCCAAGAUGCUCCAGAACUUCAUGGUAGAAGACAAAUCCAUAUCCUUCAGAGGAUGUGUGAUCCAGUUAUUGGUGUAUGCGAUAUUUGUGACCAGUGACUGCUACCUCCUGGCAGCUAUGGCAGUGGACCGUUACGUAGCCAUCUGUAAGCCGCUUCGCUAUCCCUUAAUCAUGUCCCGAACAGUCUGCAUCCUGCUGGUAGCUGGUGCGUAUUUCAUAGGAUCACUAAAUGCUUCCGUACACACAGGAUUUGCAUUUUCUCUGUCCUUCUGUAAGUCCAACAUUAUCAAUCACUUUUUCUGUGAUGGUCCCCCGAUUCUCGCCCUCUCAUGUUCAAACACUGACGUCAAUAUCAUGCUAAUGGUUAUUUUAGUAGGGUUCAACUUGACAUUCACUGUGUCGGUCGUGAUCUUCUCCUACGUCUGCAUCCUGGCCACCAUCCUAAAGAUGUCCUCUGCUGCGGGGAGGAAGAAGACCUUCUCCACCUGUGCCUCCCACCUCACCGCUGUCACCAUCUACUAUGGAACCCUGUGUUACAUGUACUUACAGCCUCCUUCUGAGCACUCCCAGGAGAAUAUGAAAGUGGCCUCCGUAUUCUAUGGCACUGUGAUCCCCAUGUUGAACCCUCUGAUCUACAGCUUGAGAAACAAGGAGGUCAAAGAAGCUGCAAAAGUGAUAGGGAAAAAGUUCUUCAGAUUAAAUCUAAAUUGUUAA